CACGACACGGUCGCCAUUUUUAUCAGUUUGCCACCAACUGCUGGCUAGUGACACCCUCGCGCGUUCGAAGUUUAAAUUGUUCUCCCAAGAACUUUAAAUUGUCUUUGGAUCAGUUCGGCUGAUCGUCUCCGCGUUGACGUACCAUAGAGGUUUCAUUUUAGCAACAACCUUAAAGGUUGUUGCUUAGAAGUUCUUAAAAGCUUUGAGAAUUACGCUAUUACGGGGAGCACCGGGUGAGUCCGGCGCGACUGGCUGUGCCGGGCGAGACGGAGUAGUGAGGCGAUCGGACAGGUGCGGCCCGCGGCCCGCGCCACGCUGCUGGCGCCGCGCGCUCAACGUAGACCCGCCCUGGCUGCGACACGCCAUCGCCCGCUGACGCCCGCCCUCCACUCGCACCUGACACUCGUGGACUAGCGCUGGCCGCCCUCUCCCGGGCGCCGACGACACCUGACACCGCAUCCCCCUGCCCGAUACUAGCCUCACUGAUUGGGAAUCGACGCAUUCAGGAAAACAUGAAGAUUGUAGAUGAAGAACGCAUCCGCGUGAUGGAGGGCGAGUGGUCGCCGACGGACGUGAUCCGCCAGAUCGUGGAGUCCGGGACUCAGGAGGACCCCUUCUACGUCAUGGACAUUGGCGAGGUGGUCGCCCGGUACCACCGCUGGCGAGAGCUGAUGCCCAGGGUUGAACCUUUCUACGCGGUGAAAUGCAACGACGAGAAGCUGCUGGUGACAACGCUGGCGGCGCUCGGCACGGGCUUCGACUGCGCUUCCAAGGCCGAGAUCGAGCUGGUCACCUCCAUCGGUGUCAAACCUGACCGCAUAAUAUUCGCGAAUCCGGCCAAGAUGGCUUCGCACAUCCGCUACUCGUCUGCCGCCGGCGUCAACACCAUGACCUUCGACUCGGAGACUGAGUUGCUGAAGAUCAAGCAGUACAUGCCGCAUGCGCAAUUGGUGAUUCGCAUACGUUGCGACGCGGCCGAGGCGCAGUGCCCGCUGGGCAUCAAGUUCGGCUGCGACCCCGUCUCCGAGGCGCCGAGGCUGCUCAAGUUAGCCGCCGUACUCGGCUUGGAGGUGGUGGGCGUGUCGUUCCACGUGGGGUCGGGCGCGCGGUCGGGCGGCGCGUACGCGCGCGGCGUGCGGCUGGCGCGGGCGCUGUUCGCGGCCGGGGGGCACCGCCUGGCGCUGCUGGACCUGGGCGGCGGCUUCCCGGGCGGCCGCGGCUGCAGCCUCGCGGAGGUCGCGUCGGAGAUCAACACGGCGCUGGAGACCCACUUCCCGUCGCGCUCGGUGCGAGUGAUCGCCGAGCCGGGGCGGUACUUCGCGGCCGCCGCCUACACCCUCGCCACAAUGGUGCAUGCCAAGAGAGAGGUGACUCCCAAAGAGGGCGAAGACGAACUUCACACCAUGUACUUCGUGAACGACGGUGUGUACGGCUCCUUCAAUUGCGUGCUGUAUGACCAUCAAGUGGUCGCCUGCGAGCUGUUGACGCCGUCGUCGGAGCCGCCGCAGCCGUGCUCGGUGUGGGGCCCGUCGUGCGACGGGCUGGACUGCAUCCUGGGCGCGGCGCGGCUGCCGGCGCUGCGCACGGGCAGCUGGCUGGUGUGGCGCGACAUGGGCGCCUACACCAUCCCCGUGGCGUCGCCGUUCAACGGGUUCCCCGUGCCCCGGGUGCGGGCCGUCAUCGACCACAAGCUGUGGUCUGUCCUCAAAGAGCUGUGGCCGCUGACGGAGGCGCACUUCGCUAUAGGCGAGCGCAUGACCGGCCCCCAGCAGAGCCCCAGCCCGAGCCCCGGGACCCCGGACCCCGACCCCGCGUUGGCGCCCGCCAUACACCACGCUGUCUUCGUCGAGUGCGCCCUCAAGUGACCCGAGGCGGCGUAAACGAUGUCUUUAUGAAAAUGCGCGGUCUAGAAUGAGUUUUUAUCAUCAUUGUCAACUUGUAAAAUAAAUUUAUGCCGAGAGAUGGCUCUGAUUGGACUUUCUGUCACUCUCAAAAGGUAUAUUCUUAUUUGUUUUAUUACUCUUUUGCAAUUGUGUAUGCAAUUUCGAAUUUUCUAAAAGAUCGACCGUAUUUGAUGGUAAAACAUCAAAUAUGGUUGAUCUUUUGGGAAAUUCGUUUAACUUUUAACAAAAAGUAUAAGGCCACUUGUGAUUGACAUUAUUACUUUUGACGCGCAUUUUACUAGAGGUGUCGUUAGUGCUGACAUGCGAGACAAUUUUUUUUUUAAUAUUGUAAUAUUGUUUUAUCCAUUAUCUGUUUCUGUGUUUUUUUGUUCACGUAUCAUUUAAAUAAUGUCACAGAUGUAAGCGAUGGCUUGAGGACGUAUACCCAUGCAGAAUUAUAAGAAAAAAAUACAGAAGUAAAAUUUACAUACUUUGACAAGGCAUUUACAUACGUUGUUUGUAUGGGGAUACGUUCAGUUUUGACUUUCAUUGUAUUUUCCCUUAUACAAUUCAUCAAAACGGAAGAUUAGCGUAUUUUUGACUUGGUUAAAAUACUUAUCAACAUUGUCUUAUUAAUUUGAAAAUUGUGAUUUAUUAAUAAGAAUUUUCUUUUUUAACUAAUUUACUUGGUUAACGUUUUUUGUUUGGAAAAUGUUUUUAACUAUUUCAUUUUAAAUGAUGAUAGAAUAAUUAAUAUUGGAAUUUUUGCAAUGUGUAACUUUUAUAUAUUAUAUAUAGAUGAGUAGAUACAUGUAAGCGUUUAGAAUUUUCGUCACAACUAACAAUUUCAUCCAUAAUUAAUGAGAAAUUGUUUUUUGAACCUUUGUUUUUUCUAUAACAUAAGGCUCAAAUUAUUUUGGCAUUACCUCUGCCUAAAUCACAAACAAACUGCCGAACUGUAUUUACUUAAUUCAUUUCAUAUAAUUUUAUAUUUACACGUAGUUUAGCGGACAUUCCUUAUUGUGAAAUGAUCGAUGUAAUGGAUUAUUCAAUGUUUCACUAGAUGGGUUUCGCAAAAUAUUUGUAGCAAAAUGCUUUUCGAAUACAUGUCUUGGAAUGAA